AGAGCCUCACAUCUGGCCCUUGACAGGUCUUCCUUGCCGUUGGUUGCAAGCCAGACAAACAAUCUGAACUGUCUCCUUCCCCACAGUUUACUCCUGGAAGCUCCGACUACUUUCCCACCUCUGAAUCGCAAUCCUCUCGCCAAGUCGCAUCUCGACCAACCACCACGAUGGCGCCUAAGGACAAGCGGACCUUCGAGGAGGCUGGCGAGGAACAAUAUGGCUCAAUUUUCUCGGUUUCCGGACCCGUCAUUGUGGCGGAGAACAUGAUUGGAUGUGCCAUGUACGAAUUGGUUCGUGUUGGUCAUGAUAAACUUGUCGGUGAAGUCAUUCGUAUCGAGGGCGAUAAGGCAACCGUCCAGGUCUAUGAGGAGACUGCUGGUGUCACCGUCGGUGAUCCUGUCAUUAGAACCGGAAAGCCCCUCUCAGUCGAACUUGGCCCUGGUCUGAUGGAGACCAUUUACGACGGUAUCCAACGACCACUCAAGUCGAUCUCUUCCGUCUCCGACAGUAUUUACAUCCCCCGUGGUAUCGAUGUACCUUCGCUCGACCGAGAAGUGAAGUGGGAUUUCGUUCCUGGAAGCCUCAAGGUGGGCGACCACAUCACUGGCGGCGAUAUCUUCGGCAGUGUUUUCGAAAACACUCUCCUGGACGACCACAAGAUCCUUUUGCCUCCUCGCGCACGUGGCACCAUUACCCACAUUGCUGAAAAGGGUUCCUACACCGUGGACGAGAAGAUCUUGGAGGUGGAGUUUGAUGGCAAGAAGUAUGAGUACAGCAUGAUGCACAACUGGCCCGUCCGUGUGCCGCGUCCCGUCAACGAUAAGCUUGCCUCCGAUGCUCCCUUCAUUGUUGGACAGCGCGUUCUCGAUGCCAUCUUCCCCAGUGUCCAGGGCGGUACCGUCUGCAUUCCGGGUGCUUUUGGGUGCGGUAAGACUGUCAUCAGUCAGAGUGUCUCCAAAUUCUCCAACAGCGACAUCAUCAUUUACGUUGGUUGCGGUGAGCGUGGUAACGAAAUGGCCGAAGUCUUGAUGGACUUCCCCGAGCUCUCAAUCGACGUCAACGGCCGCAAAGAGCCGAUCAUGAAGCGAACAUCGCUCAUCGCUAAUACCUCCAACAUGCCCGUCGCUGCUCGUGAAGCUUCCAUCUACACCGGUAUCACCGUCGCCGAGUACUUCCGUGACCAGGGCAAGAACGUUGCCAUGAUGGCCGACUCUACUUCCCGAUGGGCAGAGGCCCUUCGUGAAAUUUCUGGUCGUCUGGGAGAAAUGCCUGCUGACCAAGGUUUCCCCGCGUACCUCGGUGCUAAGCUUGCCUCCUUCUACGAGCGUGCUGGUCGCGUCACCGCUCUGGGUAGCCCAGACCGCCAAGGUAGCGUUAGCAUUGUCGGCGCUGUUAGCCCUCCGGGUGGUGACUUCUCCGACCCCGUCACGAGUAGUACUCUUGGUAUUGUCCAAGUCUUUUGGGGUCUGGACAAGAAGUUGGCCCAGCGAAAGCAUUUCCCCUCGAUCAACACCUCGCUCAGUUACAGUAAUUACACCAACAUCCUGGAAAAGUACUACCAGCGCGAGCGGCCUGAUUUCCCUCGUCUUCGUGAGCGUAUCAAGGAGCUUCUUACGAGCUCAGAAGAACUGGACCAGGUUGUGCAGCUGGUCGGAAAGUCAGCUCUCGGCGACCCUGACAAGAUUACUCUGGACGUGGCUGCAAUGAUCAAGGACGACUUCCUCCAGCAAAACGGAUACAGUGACUAUGACCAGUUCUGCCCUCUCUGGAAGACGGAGUGGAUGAUGAAGGCAUUCAUGGCUUUCCACGAUGAAAGCCAAAAGGCAGUUUCUCAGGGCCAAGCCUGGAACAAGAUUCGUGAUGCCACGAGCGACCUUCAGGCCAACCUUCGAUCAAUGAAAUUUGAGCUGCCAGGCGAUGGUGAGGAGGCCGUUUCGAAGAAGUACGAGGACCUGCUUCAGAAGCUGCUGGAGCGCUUUGCCUCGGUUGCAGAUGAGUAGAUGAAGUCAAAUGUCUGACGCUCUGAUGAUUUGCCGUUGGCGCCCGUAUAUCAUGUGAAGAGUAAUUGUAGCAUACCUAGACGCCAUGCCAGCUUGUGUGUAUCUGUUUUUGCAUCAUGCGCAUGCUCAGUAGAUAUCUCUUUGCGCUUUUGUCAAGUUUAUAAUAUUCAAUCUGAUUCGUUUUCAUUGGCCAUGGGUCUACCCUGUGUCGGAUUGAUCAGCCUUCAUUGCCAAUCAUGCAGUUUGUGAUGAGGCAGCCUAAUUUGUUGCACGAGAAAAUCAGCAUUGGUGAAAAGUAAGUAACUUGUUAUCAACAGAUAUGUAAUUGAAUUGUUUAGUCGACAAUUUAAAAAGGGAGAUUAUAAUUAAAAGAGGCCAU